AUGCAACAUCUCAAAGGCUAUACCGCCGAUCCGCGUUCAGAAGUGAUUGCCAUCUGCGAUUUAGAUAAGAAGCAUGUCAGGCAGGUGGCAUCGGAACAUAAAAUACCGAAUACGUAUACCAGCCACUUGGAGAUGUUGGAAAAUCCGGAUAUUGAUGCCGUUAGCGUCUGUCUGCCGAACUUCCUCCACGCCCCUAUCUCUAUUGACGCUUUGAACGCUGGCAAGCAUGUGCUUUGCGAGAAGCCUCCUGCUCGAAGUGCACAGGAGGCAAAGGCUAUGGCUGAUACAGCCACCCAAAAUGGAAAGACAUUAAUGUACGCCCUUGUACAGCGGUUUGAUGGAAGUACCCAACGACUCAAACAGCUGGUACAGGAAGGUGAACUCGGUGAAAUUUACUUCGGCAAAGCGGGUUAUGUUCGACGGCGCGGCAUUCCUAUCGGCAAGGAAGGUUGGUUUGUCGAUAAAGAACGCGCAGGGGGUGGCGCACUCAUUGAUAUUGGUGUCCAUGCCUUGGAUUGUGUCUGGUGGCUGAUGAAUUCUCCAAGACCCGUCGAAGUUAUGGGAAUGUCAUAUUCUCACUUUAAGCAUCUGGUGCCUGAUAAUGUUAAAUACGAUGUUGACGAUGCGACCUUUGCACAAAUCCGCUUUGAAAAUGGCGCGACUAUUAUCCUUGAAACAACAUGGGCACUGAACUUACCGGGCGACAAUUACAUUAAAGUGGCGGGAACGAAAGCAGGAGCGACUCUCAGCCCCUUCACCCUUUAUACGGAAGAAGAUGGCAAGGAGUUGGAUAAACCGCUUAGCGCACCUUCAAUUAACAGCUUUGACGAAGAGGUAAAACACUUCGUCGGGUGCAUUGUUGAUGGCAAAGAGCCUAUCUCCUCGGCAGAACAGGGUAUCAUGUUGAUGCAGAUGCUUGACGGUAUCUACGAAUCCGCAGAAAAGGGACGAUCUGUGCCUAUCGCAGAUUUAAGUGCCGCGACCGGAUGA